AUGGCUCAGUAUAAAAACAAGAAAGGAGAUGAUUCGGUGACAAAAAAUAAUACAAACUCCGAUCACAUUGACGGAAAUGCAAUAGCUAAAAUACAACCAAUACAUCAAGAUCAGCAAGCCAGACCAUCUACAAUGUUGAGAAAUGAGCAUCCGAUAACGAUCGACAUUACACCAUGCAAAAAUCCGUCAUUAUUUUUCAAUCUUACACUUCGUUCAUUAGGUGUUAUUUUCGGUGAUAUAGGCACAUCACCACUAUAUGUUCUCAGUACGAUAUUCGAUUUUCAACCAUCCGAAGCACAAUGCAUUGGUGCAAUCAGCUUGAUUGUUUGGAGUUUAAUUGUUGCUGUAUCAAUCAAAUAUGGUGUUUUCAUACUUAUGGCUGACAAUCAUGGUGAAGGUGGAACAUUUGCUUUAUGUGGUUUAUUGACAAGUGAAAACAGUUUCUUAGGUCGAAGACGCAAGAAAGUAGUAAUCGUUGUAUCGCUGCUGGCUGGAUCUCUCUUACUUGGUGAUGGUGCACUAACACCAGCUGUGUCAGUGUUAUCAGCUAUCGAGGGAGUGGCCAUUGAAGCUCCCAAGUUACAAAAAUGGAUUGUACCGAUAACAGUAAUCAUUUUAAUUCUUCUUUUCGUUGCUCAACGAUGGGGAACGUCGAAAAUUGGGAUUACUUUUGGACCGAUCAUGUGUUUGUGGUUUUUGUGUCUGUUUAUGAUUGGUAUUUGGCGAACAACUUACAAACCAAGUAUUUUCAAAGCAUUUAAUCCAUGGGAAGCAUUUCAUUAUUUGUUAGUAGAGAAGAAAAGAGGUUUCUAUCAAAUUGGUGGUGUUUUUCUCUCUGUCACUGGUCUUGAAGCAUUGUAUGCUGAUUUAGGCCAUUUUGGACGGUGGCCAAUUCGUUGUUCAUGGUUCUUCAUUGUUUUUCCUGCUGUAUUGUUCAAUUAUUUGGGACAAGGUGCACUGUUAAUCGUCGAUCCAACUUUGAUCGAUAAUCCAUUUUAUCAUUCUGUUCCACAUUGGGGACAUUGGCCUAUGGUCGUUCUGGCUACCAUAGCAACAAUAAUUGCAUCACAAGCCAUAAUCACAGAUCUUUAUACGUGGUCAUCAAAUGCGAUCAAGAUUCCGUCUGGAGGAUGGGUUGCUAUUCUGAUUGGAUUCGCAUUUUUCAUUCUUGCAUCGUACGGCUAUUCUCAAUAUCGAAUAAAACCCUACGAGAUUUUAUUACUCGCUCGUGCACAAUAUAAUGUGCCAAUACCAAAUGAUGAGUUACAAGUUACAUUUUUCGUUCCAAAUGAAACCAUCAAAGUAUCAACAGUUGGAUGGAGAAGCUGGAUUCGACGUUGGCCAUUAAUACCAUUAGCAUUGGUAUAUUGGCAAAGUUGGACUGAAUUAUUAUUCGAUUUGUAA